AUGGAUCUUUACCUUCUCCUUGUGACUGUUUCUGCUACCAUCUUUACGCUUUUAGGCAGAAGAAUCUUUUCUUUUGUUUAUGGAAAGUUCAGAGUCCAAGAAAACAGAAUAAUUGCUUCUUCUCCCAAGUCAACUUUGCCUCGUAACUGCACACACGAUGUCUUCCCGAGCUUCCACGGAGCAGAUGUCCGGAAAUCCUUUCUCAGUUAUCUUGUCAAGGAGUUUGGGAGCAAAGGAAUAAACCUGUUCAUUGAUAACGAGAUCACUAGAGGAGAGUUUAUCGGACCUGAGCUCAAGAAGGCAAUCCAAGGAUCAAGAAUUGCGAUUGUGUUGCUCUCGAAAGGAUACGCUUCUUCCUCUUGGUGUCUUGACGAGUUAGUGGAGAUUAUGAAGUGUAAGGAAGAUUUAGGUCAAAUGGUGAUUCCCGUUUUCUAUGAAGUGGAUCCAACUGAUGUCAAGAAGUUUGGGAAAGUCUUCAAAAAAACUUGUAACGGUAAAACAAAUGAGGUUAUUAGAAAAUGGAGUCAAGCUCUAGCAAAAGUGGCCACACUCGCUGGUUACCAUUCAAAUAACUGGGAUAAUGAUGCAAAAAUGAUAGAAGAUGUUGCCAUUGAUGUUGUUUAAGUCCACGCCACCAAGAGAUUUCGACGAAUUAAUUGGGAUGGAAGCUCAUAUGAACAAGAUUUCGUGGGUUUUGCGCACAGAUUUGGAUGAAGUGAGGAUGAUAGGGAUUUGGGGACCGGCUGGGAUUGGCAAGACCACCAUUGCUAGGUGUAUGUUCAAUCAACUAUCCCAUACUUUUCAACAUAGUGUCUUUAUGAUGAAUGUCAAAGCAAUGUAUACGCCACCGGUUUGUUCAGACGACCACAAUGUGAAGUUGCUUUUGCAGCAAAAGUUUCUGUCUCAGUUAACCAACCAGAAGGAGGAGUGGGGAAACGCACUACCAGAGCUAAGGAUGUGCCUUGAUGGAGAAAUUGAGAGCAUUUUGAUGUUCGGUUAUAACGCAUUAUCUCAUGAAAAUAAAGAUUUGUUUCUUCGUAUAGCCUGCUUUUUCCACUUUGAAAGGAUGGAGAAAGUGGUAGAGCAUCUUUCAAAGAGAUUUUCUGAUGCGAGGCAACGGCUUAACGUCUUAGCUGAGAAAUCUCUCAUAUGUUUGGAAAUUGGACGUGUGAUUAUGCAUGAUCUGCUAGUCCAGCUGGGUAGAGAUAUUGUCCGCAAACAGUCUACUGAGCCUGGUCAACGCCAGUUUCUGGUCGAUAAAAGAGAGAUUGGUGAAGUACUUGCUGAUGAUGCAGCGGGUAGUAGAAGUGUUAUUUCAGGGAACGAAAUAAAUGUGAGUGAGAGAGACAUCGACUAAUUAUAAUGUUACGAUCUUACCCGGUAAAGAAAUGCCUGACUACUUCAAUUAUCAAGCUAAUGGAGGUUCCCUAGUAAUAAAGUUGAACGAGAGGCCUUCAUCUUCAUCAAAGAUAUGGAAGGCUUGCAUAUUGCUGGUUAGUAAAGAUGAGGAUGAAGCUGGUAUAGGAAAAACGGUGUUUGUAAAUCAAACAGAAUAGCCUCAAUGUCCCGUGCAAUCCAAGUUACCACACUCUGUAUCGCCCUAUACAUCUUUGAGUUCGAAGCAGACGUGACUUCAGACGAACUUUGCUUUGAAUUUCGAGUCAACGAAAAAGCAUGGAUGAUAAAAGAAUGUGGAGUGCAUUACGUUAAUACCAGUUGAUGGGUUGAUACAUGUAAUAUUGUGUUUUUUGUGUAUGAUUAUCAGUCAUCCUGUUCUGGUAACGAGGAACCAAUUCUCUCAUACAUUUAGGUUAUCUUUCU